AUGAAAGAUUUAAUAUUUUUAAUUAUUUUUAUUAUAAUUUUUUCGUCGCAAUUUGACCGUAAUAAUGGAAAUGUAACUAUUAAUCUUAAUGAAAAACGCCAAGUUAUUGAUGGAUUCGGUGCAUCUUCAGCUUGGAAUGGAGCAGUUCCCAAUCAGACAAUGAAUGAACUAUUUGGAACUCUUGGUUAUUCAAUCCUUCGUAUUCGAAUUGACGAACAUAAACGAUGGAAUGAUGAAUUAUCAAAUGCCAAAAAUGCAUUAAAAUUUAAUGCCAAAGUAUUUGCCACUCCUUGGACUGCCCCAGCUAACAUGAAAGACAAUAAACAAGAAGACAAACCAGGCCCUCUCAGUUCUAACCAAUAUAGCAAUUAUGCUGAUUAUUUAAAAAGUUUUGUUGAUUAUUUCAAAAAUAAUGAUGCACCUCUUUAUGCGAUUUCGAUAAUUAAUGAGCCUGAUUUAGACGAUGCUAAUUUGAGUUAG